UAUAUAUCGAGGUGGUAUGUGCAGAGCCAAAAAGAUCCAUUUUGGUGAAACGGCUACUGAGGAGUGUCCAGUGCCAGAGGUCUGACCAAGAAAGGCCGAGAGAAGGAAAAAAGAUGUCUUUGAGUACCUUGCGCGGCCGCCGGCCGGCAGGAGCUUUGGCAGUCGCUGCAGCUGCGGUUUGCGUGCCUGCUGGGGUACAGGGUCUCCGCUUCGACGGGAGGAAAAACCAGAUAGAGCAGAUUCCAACCAAUGUGACCACUACCACCGGCUUUCAUUACACAGACUGUAUCAACGACGAGUUGCUCGUCAGCGGUGACAAGACAGGAAACCCGAUGUCGUAUUCGGACGCACAACAUCCGAUCUUUACGAUUCAAGAACAGAGUUGUUCUGAGUUCAUUCCUUUCCCGUAGUAGAUGCCGGUCUUUUUCUGUUUGGAAUAUCUUGCACGGAUUUUAUAUUCAUUCAUCUGGAAAAAUAGAACGAAAAAUAAGAACGGUGAUGCAUUAUAUAGUCGAUAACGAUAUAUUGAGGAUAUUCAUCUCGCCAGCCACGUGGCGCUUCAAUAAUUCGGUCACAACACCAGAACUAGUGCUGCAAGGCAACAAGCGCUUAAGUUAAUAAGCGCUAGAGGCAACUGCAACAUCCCGAAUGAAGUGAAUUGUUGAAAGACAUCUUGAUCUUCUUCUUCUUCUUCUUCUUCUAAGAGAUCAGUAAUUCGUUACGACAAGGAAGUGCCUAAGCCGAAGCAAGAAGCUAUGACACACGACGUCUGCUUCAAGUUUUGCAAGGACCAAGAGGGCAUGCAAUUUUUCGGAUUGGUGCGCGGAAGCGAAUGCUAUUGCUCACCGUACUUCGUAAUGGCGGCUGGCAGCAGUCAGGACUGCGACAUGGCAUGCGAAGUACUACUGAUUGAAUAGUAUCUCGACGAGUUCUGCUGGUGCAGGUGCAACUACAUCUAGUACAUCUGUACAUCCGAAACGCAAACGAUUACAUGAUAUUGAUAAGUUGCUUCAGUAUUUGUCCCGACAACAUGAAGACUGCAAAAAUACGGAUAGAAAUACGACAACAACUGGUGAAUCAAUGUGAAACUGGACAAGACAACUGGGCUUACGGAUAAAUUCUUAUUCAAUGAAUAAGAUGAACCAGCAUCUGGAGUCUUACGACAAGUCCUGCUUAGCUCUUGCUUUCAGUAAUUUUGCUUUCAAUCAAGGCGAAGAAGAAUAGACCAUCACUCACAGUGUCUUGUACAAGUUAAGAAUAUCUUGAUGGAAAGACAUGGGUAUCCCCCCCCAUAUCUAGGCCCCGCGGGAACAAUUUUUUGAUUCCACUGUACUGUACACAAGAAAGGACUAUUGGGUGAGUAGUCCAUAACGAUUUUUAAGAGCAGAAAUAAUAUAGGUCCCACGUCCUCCACAUCUCCAUUACCUAUCAGGGCAACGCGGGUGAAAUGUGUGGUGGGCAAACGAAGGCCAGUCUGUUCGAAAUGCAUGGGUGCGAACCGCCGGCUGUGAUGUCCCCAGAUAUCGUGGCGAGCUAUUUCACGACUGCCGAUGAGCUCCAGUCGACUCUUAAUACCGCAUUGGGCACGGCAAAGGACAUCCUAGAUGGCGGCAAAGUGCUUGCGGAUGCACAAGGAAAGGUUGGCAAUAAAAUCGCGUUGCAGCACCACCAGGACAUGAUGGCAUCGCAAAACGCCGUCGCAGAUCGCGUGAAAGUACUACAACGACCUCUCAUUUAUCUCUCCUCUGUGCUGGUGUUUGAGAUUUAGAUUAUUUAGAUUUUUUAGAUUUUCCAUUUUUAGAUUGCAGCAUGGUCUUCUUGGGCAAGAAUGUAUCGGAAUUGGGACGAACAGAGAACAUUUCCCACUUACAUCUGAAUUUGUUGUGAAUACCGUUACCAUUAUAAUGAAAUUUGAUAAAAUAAACUAGGCUUUCACCUUCGAUGCCGUGGCGGACAUCGAUUUGUUGAAGAAGCAAACUAGCGCCUAUCAGACGGAAGCAGCGAAGCUGGGACCGCAAGAACUGAUUGAAAUGACUCGAACUUUGAACGCAACAGCGCAGAAAGUCCUCUAUGAUACUUGGGAAUUGGAGAAAGUUGCCGAAACAGUCUUUCCGAAGGGCGGAGGCCACGCAGAUGCGGCCACGUAUCGACUUACUUUUUUUGCUACGAUUACAAAGAAUUACGAUAACAUUCAGAGGAAAAGACGAAGUAGCAGACUUGAAUGGAAAUGGAUUUCUAAAUUUUCUAAAAAGUCUAAAUCUGUGCAAUAAUGAUGGAUUUUUUGGGCAACGGUUGGUUGCUCCUCUGCGAGCACUCAGCGUUGUCCCGCAUGGAUUUGAAACACAUAAGCAGGUUCUAUGCUUCCGUCGCAGUCGGGGAAGACAGCCAGCCGCAGGAUGCCUCUUGCGCAGGCACAGUGAUCAUGCCGGUGAGCGCUGUUGUGGAUGGCAUUGCGGGUUGCGCAGCGCGCUGCCGCAAGACUCUCGCCCCCAACACUUGUGUAGGAUUCCAGACUUACAACGGCUACCUCGACAAGGAGGCUGGCGAGGUACUUGUUUCAAUAGUAAGUAGGGUCAAGAUUUUUUAGUACCACCAGAGCCCCGAAUGACGACAGUUGAUGUAACAUACAUGCAUGGCCUGAACCUAAAAACCAAAACAACAUGUACUUUGUUGUAUAUACAUUUUUUCCAUUACAUCAAAUCUGUUUUCUGGUCGUCGUAACGAUCAUGAGGUUGAGGAUGAACUACAUCACAAAAGUGCUUGUUACAAUACGAUGACGAUGAACUACUACGACGAUCAUGUACUCAGGUGAUGUGCCUCUUGUUUUCGGAGAUGACGGGAGUGAUGAAGUACACUGGCACUGACUGUGGUGCUGGUCAUAGCGCCAAGUGCUAUAUCCCGGUGGCCGGUGAGACACUCAAAGCAGCCCUCGAGCCGAAGACGGAGCUGAUCGCUCAAUGCUUUGCCGAGAAACCCGAACCAACCACAACCACCACCACAACCUUAUGACGGGAAAACGAAAGCAAUGAUCCCAAUUUUUAGAGAAAUUCCGUAGAAGUUUAGGAAAAUUCCAAUUUUUAGAGAAGACAACAGCUGUUGUAGAAAAAUGCAAAAGGAAAUAGAAAUACCCUAGAAGUGUGCUGUCCUCCUCGGUAGAAGUGCAUCUGCUCUACUAAGAAGCUGCAACUAUUAAAACUCGAUGACUGACUUUUUAACUUAUAAUAACCCCAUAAUUAGUUACACUUUCUUCAUAUUCCACGACCACAACCACCGUGAGCGUGCCGAAGGAGGUGAAGUUGCUCACAUGUGUCCCGAGCGGACCGCAAGAGGGCGCCUUCACCGACAAGUCCUACGACUACUUCGUGCGCGACAACGUGUUGACGCAGAAGUCGAAACCGGGCAAGGGCAGUCUGAAUAUCCACGUUGGUACCUGGAACGACAAGCUGUUUGCGAAUGGCACACCGCUGCAUUGCCCAGGCGGCAAGAAGCGCAGUGCAACUGUGAAGAAGGCAAGAGACGGAUGCAAAGGGUCCUACUUCACGGAACCGUCACCAUGCACAUACGUCAUGCAUGUCUGCUGCUAGGUGUAGUAGGGCUUCACAUAUUCUCAUAUUAAGCCUAGAAGGUGUAUAAUGAAUGUUACCGUUAUGAUCGAAAAAUAGCAAGGCGGGUUAACAUCAUGAUGUUCAUAUUGUAGUAGCUUUUGGAUUUGUAAAUUGUAGAUAAUCUAUUUUGACAGUGUGGGACGGUUUCAAGAACAGGACAUAUAGUGGUUGAGAAAUAGCCUUGUAACAAUUCAGUUUAGAAAACGCUUGCAUUUCUCGUUUUUCCGAAAAUUAGCACAGCGAUCGCUUGAUGUUAGAUGAAAAAGAGUCACGCCUGGAAAUUGCACUGUCAUGCUAAUAUAAUUUUCAAAUGAACUGAAAUGAAUCCUUUCGUACUACUUAGAUUUAUCCCUAGGUAGUCGGAAUCUCCAUAUUAUCUUGUUCUUUCACUAUUUCACAACCGUUUUAACCACGCACACGACUAUGUCAAUACAUACUGAUAAUCCGCAUUCUUUCAUACUAGUAUCAUGGAACCAACGAACUACAUCUUCUUAUCCGUAUUCAAAUUCAUCUGUAGUCUAUCAAACACAUGAUGUAUACUUAGAAUGAUAUCUUUGCAUAGUUAGAAGAAGCACGUAUUCACAUGACCAAUUUCGCUCCUUUCUGUCUUUUGUAGUUGAUAACCCUGUCACAGGAUGUGGGCCAGCAUCAGUCAGAAGUUUCUUUAUCAUCAUCGCGUAUGGAUACUGCUUGUCUGGACUUUCUUUUUUAUGCUUUCGUCUCAACGAAAUACAGUGUGUGUGUCAUUUUUUCUCCGAUAUUUUGUGCUUGGACUACUUGGACUUUCAUCUCUGCGACUGUGAUGUCAACAUGCUGUGCUGGAUUCUUCAACUACGAUAUUCCGGGAGUCGCGAAAGAUCAAAGGGUUCCUCACUUGUCUGCAAGUGAUAUAGACCGUGGUCGCGUCAUGCAAUCAUCAUGCGAAGGCUCGUUUGGCUCCGUGCCACUAGCAGCACACGCACAGGAAGAUGCUUUGGGCGUUUUGUUGACUGUGUCGCCUCAACAACUAGUAGUUUCAGGGAUCCAUCAACACUGCAGUG